GGCGGCCUCAGUCUGUUCAAGAUGGCCGAGGCAGAAGGAGUGUCCGUGUCCCCGCUGCGGAGCCUCGACGAUUUCCUCAUGGAGUCCGCGAGGUUCCAAGUGCCCAACCUGAAGGACCCCGAGAAGUGGGCCAACCGCGUGCUGCAGAACCUCCUCUACUACCAGACCAACUACUUCCUCACCUGCCUCGCCAUCUUCGCCGUGGUGGGUGUGAUCCACCCCACCAAGAUGUUCUGUGGCAUGACGGCGGUGGGCCUUGCGUUCGGUCUCUUCUACUACCUCACCAACAAUAAGAUGCCAGCCGCCCAGUUCAAGAAGAACCACCCGGUGCUGUCGCUGCUGGGCGUGGUGCUGGCGGCCUACUUCAUGGUGUACCUGCUGGGCUCGGUGCUGGUAUUCCUCAUGGGUAUUCUGCUGCCCAUUACUGUGAUCUUCCUGCACGCAUCCAUGAGGCUCCGUAACCUCAAGAACAAGCUGAUGAACAAAGUGGAGUACCUGGGGAUGAAGAGGACUCCCAUGGGUGUGAUUCUGGAAGCGCUGGGCCUGGAGCAAGACUUCUUCAUGUAGGCAUCCUCUCCCUUCCUUUCCUUCCCCUCCUUUCCUCUCCUUCCUUUCCCUUCCUCCUUUACUCUCUCUAGUUAACCCACAACUGCCCCUUCUUUACUUUGUCUUGUUAACGCACUCUCUCCCUCUAAUUCCUUCCCCUUCCUGCUUUUCUCUCUCUUGUUAAUGCACAACUGUCCUCCCCCCUCUCUCUCUCUCCAUCCCCUCCUUUCCGCUCCCUUCCCUUCCUUCUUUACUCUCUCUCUCUUGUUAAUGCACUUUCUCCUUCCCUUCCUUUCCUCUCCACUCCUUCUCUUUCCUUCCUCUGUCUUGUUAACCUACUUUCCUUCUUCCUUCCUUCCCUUCCUUUCCUCUCUACUCCUUCCCGUCCUUCUUUCCUCUCUCUCUCGUUAGCCCACUCUCCCUCUCUUCCCUUCUCUCCUUCCUUCCCUUUCCUUCUUUCCUUGUUAACCCUCUCUCUCCUUCCCUCCCUUUCCUUCCUUUUUUUCUUUUGUUUUUUGGUAUUCUGUUCAGUGUUGAAGUUCUGGGUCAUGUCAAACCCCUCUCACUAGCUCUCUCUCUUAUUUUAUCAUUUCAGUCAUUUUUUUCCUCUUAUUUUGCCAUCCUUUCAGCAUUUAUAUUCUUGGGACACUUCAUUUAUUUACUGUAUAAUGAUAUUUACCCCUCAGCCUCUCCUUUUUUAUUUUUUAUGGCAAUAUUUUUCCUCUCAACGUCAAUAUUUUGUGACCCUUCUAGCAUUUGUACUCUUAGGUCCCUUCCAUUGUUCACUCCCUUCCCUCCCCCUCGUCCUUCCCUCUCGUCCUUUCCUCCAUUUAUAUUACUCUGAUGAACUGUGUCUGAUGAUUGUAAGAGAGACAGUGACUUGAUUGGCUACUUCAGAGCAUCAUAAGAGAGGGAGACUUGGAUUAUAAGAGAGAGAGAGACUUACAUGGUUACUCCCUAUCCAUCAUCAAAGAACGACUUCAGUGGGUACUUCCAAGGCAUCAUAAGAAAGACAGUGAUUAGAUUGGCUACUUCAGAGCAUCAUAAGAGAGGGAGACUUGCAUUAUAAGAGAGAGAGAGACUUAAAUGGUUACUUCCUAUGCAUCAUCCAAGAAAGACUUCAGUGGGUACUUCCAAGGCAUCAUAAGACACAGCGACUAGAUUGGAUGCGUCUCAAGCCCCUCAGACUUAAGCUUAGUGUGUCGUGAGAACUUUUAUCUCCAUGCUGUUAGUGGCGUAGCGCUAGGAUGUAAGGAAACACAACAAUAAUAAUAAUAAUACCCAGAAUUCAUCAACUUAAUAUUCAGACUUAGAGAUAGUUUUUCAAGGUAAUUUCUGGCACUUAAUUGUAUAACUUAAAAUCUUGUGUGUAAGUGUAUGUAGUGGAAGUGGUUUCAGAUGUUCCUUACUGUGUGAAGUGACUUUUUAUUUAACUUAAGUGUAUCUACUGCACAAGAAAGUAGGAAUUUAAGCAAAAAAACACCAGAAUCAAGUAGAAAUUUAAUAGAAAACUCCAUAAUUUCAGUGUGAUAAAAAUUAUCUGUUAUGUAUAAUAGCCAAUGGAGAAACGUUUUGUUAACUUUAGUGUAUCUACUGCACAAGAAAGUAGGAAUUUAAGCUAAAAAAGACCAGAAUCAAGUAGAAAAAUUUAAAUGAAAAACUUGAUAAUUUCAGUGUGAUAAAAAAGAAUACUGUGUAGAUUUGAAUAUGAUUUUAGUAUCUAGUAUUGUCAACAGGAAUUAGUGUGAUAUGUGCCAACGAGUGUCUAUUUUUAUCAUUUCUUUUAAGGCAACUGUAGCUUUCUUAUGGAUUUCUUGUUCAGUGUUAUUCCCAUGCGACAAUUCCAACACAUAUAAUUAGUCUACAGAUCUUGUCAGCAGAGAUUAGUGUGACAUGUGCCAGCGAACCUUUCUUUAUUACUUCAUUUAAGACGAGUGUAGUUUUCUCAUUGUUUUCCUUUUCAAUGUUAUUUCCAUGUGACAAUUCCGACAUGAUAAUUAGUCUACAGAUCUUGUCAGCAGAGAUUAGUGUGACAUGUGCCAGCGAAUCUUUAUAACUUCAUUUAAGACAACUGUAGUUUUUCCCAUUGAUUUCUUGUUCUGUGUUAUUCCCAUGCGACAAUUCUGACACAUGAUAAUUAGUCUACAGAUCUUGUCAGCAGAGAUUAGUGUGACAUGUGCCAGCGAAUCUUUAUAACUUCAUUUAAGACGAGUGUAGUUUUUCCCAUUGAUUUCUUGUUCUGUGUUAUUUCCAUGUGACAAUUCCGACAUGAUAAUUAGUCUACAGAUCUUGUCAGCCGAGAUUAGUGUGACAUGUGCCAGCGAAUCUUUUUAACUUCAUUUAAGACGAGUUUAGUUUUUCCAUUGAUUUCUUGUUCUGUGUUCCCAUGCGACAAUUCUGACAUGAUAAUUAGUCUACAGAUCUUGUCAGCAGAGAUUAGUGUGACAAUUGCCAACGAACCUUUCUUAAUCACUUCAUUUAAGACGAGUGUAGUUUUUCCAUUGAUUUCUUGUUCUGUGUUAUUCCCAUGCGACAAUUCUGACACAUGAUAAUUAGUCUACAGAUCUUGUCAGCAGAGAUUAGUGUGACAAUUGCCAACGAACCUUUCUUAAUCACUUCAUUUAAGAUGAGUGUAUUUUUUUCCAUGGAUUUCUCGUUUGCGACAGUAUUGGCAUAUCAUUAGUUUACAGGUCUUGUCUUGCUAUCCCCAUCAGCCGUAAUGUCAGCUAAAGGUAUUCCCUGCUUUGUGAUUCGGGAGACCUGCUUGAUGAAAGGUUCCCGGAGCUUUUGAGUUGUGUUCCGCAGACCCCAGUUGUAGUUCCUUGUUGUAACGCAGAGUGCAGUGGUUGUUGUAUGUACCUGGACCUGUUACGUGAUUGGUUUGUUUCGACUAGCACUUAACUCAUGAAGCUAGAAUUAUUAUGGUCAGUAGUUGAUCUAAUUCCCAGGAUGUGUUACUGUAAUGUUUGGUUGUGGCGUGGGCAGAGUGUGGCCCCGGUCAGGGUGUGGUGUGUUGGGUGCGGCAUGUCUAUCCUUAACCUUUGCUCAUGUUCGGAUUGACACUGUUAUGGAGGGAGUGUUUCCAGGGGCAGACUCCUCUUGGACAGUCCUGGCUAACUGAAAACAUCCUUGCUCUACUUAGAUGAGACUUGGUGUUGUUUACAUAGAUAUUAGAGAAUCGCUUUUAUCUUUUUCAGUCAUGGUUUGAGGCAUUGAAGAUAGGCAGCAAAAACUUCUCUGACUCCUCCUGGACAGUCCUGGCUAACUGAAAACAGCCUUGCUCUGCUUAGAUGAGACUUGGUGUUGUUUGCAUAUAUAUUAGAGAAUUGCUUUUAUCUUUUUCACUGUUAUGGUUUGAGGUAUUGCAGAUCGGCAACUCAGAACAAGAUCUGCAAGUCUUUUUACCAUUCAUCAUCAUACUGAGAACAGCCUUGCUCUGCUUAGAUAUAACUUGGUAUUGUUUGCAUAUAUAUUAGAGGAUUGCUUUUAUCUUUUUCACUGUUAUGGUUUGAGGUAUUGAAGAUCGGCAACUCAGAUCAAGCAAGUCUUUUUAUCAUUCAUCAUACUGAAAACAGCCUUGCUCUGUUUAGAUGUGACUUGGUAUUGUUUGCAUAUAUAUUAGAGAAUUGCUUUUAUCUCAUUCACUGUUAUGGUUUGAGGUAUUGAAGAUCGGCAACUCGGAACAAGCAAGUCUUUUUACCUUUCAUCAUCAUACUGAAAACAGCCUUGCUCUGUUUAGAUGUGACUUGGUAUUGUUUACAUAUAUAUUAGAGAAUUGCUUUUAUCUUUUCCACUGUUAUGGUUUGAGGUAUUGAAGAUCGGCAACUCGGAACAAGCACAUCUUUUUAGCCAUAAGAUAUUCAGAGCAUUGUGUCAUUAGUAAGACUUUCAACCUUAACUGCCCAGAGAAUUGUGUUAUAUGUAAGACAUCUUGAUUUUAACCACAGAAAAUUGUUAUUAGUAAGACAUUUUGACCAUAAGCCAUUCAGAGCAUUACAUCAGGAAGUCUUUUAACCCCUUGACUGUGGAUUUCCUAGCAGAAGACCUCACCAAGCUACAGAAAUGGAACUAAAAGUGGCUGCUACAACUCAAUGAAGAAAAAUGUAAAGUCAUGUACCUUGGGAGUGGAAAUCCAGCAUACCAAUACCACAUGGGAAACACUCCACUAUCCACCACAGAGGCAGAGAAAGACCUGGGACUAUAUGUUACCAGGCUACCAGUGAAAGCCAAAUCCGUGCCAAUCACAGUGGACGGGUUAAUCUAUUCAGAGCAUCAGUGAAAGCCAAAUCCGUGCCAAUCACAGCGGACGGGUUAAUCUAUUCAGAGCAUCAGUGAAAGACAAAUCCGUGCCAAUCGCAGCGGACGGGUUAAUCUAUUCAGAGCAUCAGUGAAAGCCAAAUCCGUGCCAAUCACAGCGGACAGGUUAAUCCAUUCAGAGCAUUAUAUCAUUAGGAAGUCUUUUAACCUUAGGCCCUCCAUAGCAUUGUGUCCUAAUCUCCCUGAGCAUCGGUUUCGCAUCCUAUUGUUAGUCUUUAGCGGACAGUGUUGGGGUCUACAAGGCUGGUGUUGCAUUGUACUCCCUGUGUUGAAUUCUGUGAUCCUCAGAGCGAAUGACUCGGCUUGCGUAGGUAGCCCCCUGUAAUGUAGAGUCAAGUCUGGUCGCUGUAUAUUUUUGUAAGUUACACGGUAUGGAUUGAGCGCUUAGUUUGUUAUGAAGACACGGUUAGUUGUGGUUAGUUUUAUCCUUAACACUUUUGUCCGUAAUUCUCAGAUGCUUUGGGCUCUCACAACAACCAUUUCUCAAGGCCAUGAGUCGGGUUCACAUCCAUGGUGUAGAAGCCUUGUCAAACUAUCACGAGGCUCAUAAAACUACCCAUGGAAACACUAACACAACAACCUCUAUGAAAGCCUUGUCAAACUAUUACUAGGCUCACAAAACUACCCAUGGAAAUACUAACACCACAGCCUCUAUGAAAGUCUUGUCAAACUAUCACGAGGCUUAUAAAACUACCCAUGGAAACACUAACACCACAACCUCUAUGAAAGCCUUGUCACACUAUCACUAGGCUCAUAAAACUACCCAUGGAAACACUAACACCACAACCUCUAUGAAAGCCUUGUCAGACUGUCACUAAGCUCAUAAAACUACCCAUGGAAAUACUAACACAGCAGCCUCUAUGAAAGCCUUGUCAGACUAUCACUAUUCUCAUAAAACUACCCAUGGAAAUACUAACACAACAAUCUCCAUGAAAGCCUUGUCAAAGUAUCACUAUUCUCAUAAAACUACCCAUGGAAACACUAACACCACAACCUCUAUGAAAGCCUUGUCACACUAUCACUAGGCUCAUAAAACUACCCAUGGAAAUACUAACACAGCAGCCUCUAUGAAAGCCUUGUCACACUAUCACUAGGCUCAUAAAACUACCCAUGGAAAUACUAACACCACAGCCUCUAUGAAAGCCUUGUCAAACUAUCACUAGGCUCAUAAAACUACCCAUGGAAACACUAACACCACAACCUCUAUGAAAGCCUUGUCAAACUACCACUAGACUCAUAAAACUACCCAUGGAAAUACUAACACCACAACCCCUACCAAAGCCUUACCAAAUGUGUGUGUGAGAGCCUCGAAAUGCUUAAGAAUAUGGACCUUUUUAGUAGUUUAUCUAGAUCAAUUUGCAUCAUCCUUGUAUCUUAUAUGCAUGAAGACGUUCCUAUCAUCACAGCUCUAGCUUAUGUCACUGCUGGUGUUCUUUGGUUUUUAAUACUCCAGCCCCUUUUAGACAUGUUUAGGUUGCACUCAGGCCUGUAGUGUUUGUUAUAGGUCACUCACUUCUUCUUUAAACUGCUCCCCUGCAAGCUUGCCAUAAUGUGCUGUUUGUCAUUCAGGGCUAAAGGGUUUGUUACAGGUUAUUAAUUCUUUUUUAAACUGCUCUCCUGUAAGCUUGACAUAAUAUGCAGUUUGUCAUUCAGGGCUAAAGGGUUUGUUACAGGUUACUCAUUCUUUUUUAAACUGCCCCCAUGCAAGCUUGAUAUAAUGUGUACUUUUUAAAUCAUCACCAACACUUGGCCGGCAGUUCCGAGGAGAAUAAUGCCUAAACUAAAGGGUUUAAACGAGACUAAGACCCAUGUGUACUAGUUCACUACAGUCAACCCACGCUUUUACGGACCUCAGAAUAAUGAAUCUCGGUUUUAAUUAACUUUUUUGCCUUUUUGGAAUGCUCAGUAAUUGCCGAGUUAUAUUUGGUGGUGGGCGCCCGAGCACAUACACGAACGUUGGUCAGCAUAACACAGUGUCCAGUGUGUCCAAUUAUAUGAUGACUGCAUGUAUAUAAGUUUGCCGUCUUUCAUCUGAUAUAACGAACAAGCUUUGUCAUGUACGAACCAAGAGAGCCGGGUUUGAUUCCCGGGCGGAGUGGAAAAUUUGGGCGGCUUUUCCGAUACCCUAUGCCCCUGUCCACCCAGUAGUGAAUGGGUACCAGGUAUUAAUUGGGGGUUGUGUCCCGUCUCCUGGGAUCUGUUCGCUUCUCCUAUAAUUCCUUCCCCUUCUGUCUCUCUCCGGCAUAUGACCACAGAUGUUGUACCGAUUAAACAAAACUUUUCAAUUUUGUCAUACACGGCAAUGGUAGGAAAUAGCGAAUUUUCAGCUCAUAUAACAAAGUUCAUUAUACCAAAACUUCAGGUUCCUCGUAUAUAACAUCGCCCCUUUACCCCAACUGGUUCAUAAAGCGAGGGUUUACUGUACUGUCAUAAAAUCUGUUUUCUUGCACUCAUAAUACAGUCUUCCACAGCACUCACUCAUAAUCUUUUUUCUGCUUUUUAUUUUAUUUAUGGUAAUGGAAGCAGCUCAAGGGCUAUGAUUUGUCUUUCCUUUGUUUUGAUUCGUCUCCUCCCUCGUAGGUCCAAGGUGAACAUUGACAGUGGGAGCGCCAAGUUGCUGGAGGACUUCAUGAGCAAAGUACCGUCUCAUUUGAAGUAGUACGGGAGAACACGGCCUCCUCCUCCUCCUCUUCCCCCUUGGCCUUCACUGUUAAUACCAAUGCCUGUGAUCUGCUUGCAACCUUGUUUUGUCCACCCCUGUCUCUGCCGUCGCCGCUGCACCAGGCUUACUGCACGACACACCUUCGCCUCUGAGCAGUGAAUGAUUUUGGUGAGGGCAGUUACGAGGGAAUGCUACCAUCGUAAAGUCCCCAGAUGAAGUACUUUGUCGUCUUGCAUCUUUACACUCCGGCAAUGAACUGAAUUUGGCUUUGGUGAGGGCAGUUACGAGGGUGAUUUCCUGGCAUGUUUGAGGUCUCUGGAUGAAGGAAAUGCUAUGUCGUCUAAUGUUAAGGUACCUGUCCACUGUUCUUUGUUCCUACCUUGCAUUGACCUGUUUUUUUUCUCAUUUUUCAUUUACUGUUCUCAUUUUCCUAUUGUGGGUUGGACGGGAAAAGGUUGUUACUAGCCCUCCUUGGUACUUUAAAUUGUAAACUGAAGUAUCUUAGAAAUUAAAACUUGCUUACAUUCAAGUUUAGACAUCUUCAUGCCCCAGCAAUGAACUGAAUUUGGCUUUGGUGAGGGCAGUUACGAGGGUGAUUUCCUGGCAUGUUUGAGGUCUCUGGAUGAAGGAAAUGCUAUGUCGUCUAAUGUUAAGGUACCUGUCCAUUGUUCUUUGUUCCUACCUUGCAUUGUUCUGUUCUUCUUCUUCUCCUUUUUCAUUUACUGUUCUCAUUUUCCUAUUGUGGGUUGGACGGGAAAAGUUUGUUACUAGCCCUCCUUGGUACUUUAAAUUGUAAACUGAAGUAUCUUAGAAAUUAAAACUGGCUUACAUUCAAGUUUAGACAUCUUCAUGCCCCAGCAAUGAACUGAAUUUGGCUUUGGUGAGGGCAGUUACGAGGGUGAUUUCCUGGCAUGUUUGAGGUCUCUGGAUGAAGGAAAUGCUAUGUCGUCUAAUGUUAAGGUACCUGUCCACUGUUCUUUGUUCCUACCUUGCAUUGUUCUGUUCUUCUUCUUCUCCUUUUUCAUUUACUGUUCUCAUUUUCCUAUUGUGGGUUGGACGGGAAAAGGUUGUUACUAGCCCUCCUUGGUACUUUAAAUUGUAAACUGAAGUAUCUUAGAAAUUAAAACUUGCUUACAUUCAAGUUUAGACAUCUUCAUGCCCCAGCAAUGAACUGAAUUUGGGUUUGGUGAGGGCAGUUACGAGGGUGAUUUCCUGGCAUGUUUGAGGUCUCUGGAUGAAGGAAAUGUUAUGUCGUCUAAUGUUAAGGUAUCUGUCCACUGUUCUUUGUUCCUACCUUGCAUUGACCUGUUUUUCUUCUCCUUUUUCAUUUACUGUUCUCAUUUUCCUAUUGUGGGUUGGACAGGAAAAGGUUGUUACUAGCCCUCCAUGGUACUUUAAAUUGUAAACUGAAGUAUCUUAGAAAUUAAAACUUGCUUACAUUCAAGUUUACGUGUAGACAAAAAAAUGUGGUUAUUCAGUAUUCACAUAAAGUUCAGUAUCCCCCAAAAUUUGCAUUGACUCAUAUUGUCUACACAUAAAUUGAGUUGUGAUUAUCUUAAGCAAUUUGAACUCUUAGGCUCUAAAAAAUUUGCCUUACAUUCAGUUUACAUAUAAACGAAAAUGUGAUUAUUCAGUAUUUUACCUCCACUAAGGUCUUGAAAACUUGUCUGAUCUGAAGGUACAUAAUGUGAUGAUUGGGGAGCAUCAUGAAUUCACUCCACACUCUCCUUAUUCAUUACUUUUUGUGCCCUCCAUGGACUUAUAUUCAGCUAAGUUAUUCAGUAUUUUACCUCAACUAAGAUCUUGAAAACUUGUCUGAUCUGAAGGUACAUAAUGUGAUGAUUGGGGAGCAUCAUGAAUUCACUCCACACUCUAUCUAUUAAUUAUUUUUUGUGCCUUCCAUGGACUUGUAUUCAGCUAAGUUAUUCAGUAUUUUACCCAAACUCUAGGCUCUUAAAAGUAUCUCUAAUUUAACGAUGCAUGAAGUAAUGAAUAGGGAGCAUCGCAGAUCUCCCUUCACUCUGUGCUAUACAUCACUCAACACCUUACUUCAUCUUGGGGUGCUUAGAUAUGUGAUUUCUGUGUAUCAAAAGUUCCCUGGGUGAGAUGGAAACAUGAAGGAGCUGUGUACCCAUUCUUACUGGUUCAUGAUAAAUACAAGUUAAAAAAUCCCUCACACACAACACAUGGGAAGAAUGACGAAUGAGAGACUUAGAUAAACUAACGCUAGAAAGAAAAUGAACUAUAAUGAACCUAAGAUACUGUCAUUAGGGAUUCAAGGUAAACAGAAGUCCAGAAAUCCUUCAUAUGCAGCCAGUGGAAAUUAGGACGAAUGGGAGACUUGACUAAACUAAUCAAACAGAAGAUGAACUAUAAUGAACCUAAGAUACUGUCAUUGGGGGAUUCACGGUAAAUAUGUUAGUCCAGAAAUCCUUUACACGCAACCCAUGGGAAGCUGGAUAACUAUGAGACUUUGGUUAACUUCUGAACUUUAAGAAAACACAAAAAACUGGAUGAGUGGGAGACUUUGGUUAACUUCUUCUGAACUUCAAGAAAACACGGAAAGUUGGACAAAAGGGAGACUGGUUAACUUCUUUUGAACUUCAAGAAAACAAAAAAACUGGACAAGUGGGAGACUGGUUAACUUCUUCUGAACCUCAAAGAAAAAACACUCGCUCUAUACUUCCUCACUCAGGGAACUUGUGAUGCCUCUGUUGUUAAAUAUAAUCAAAAGUUAACUAUAUAAGUGUGAUUCUGGCUGGUUGGUUGAUUUAUUAUAUGUAUUGGCUCAUUUAUCACAUGCUUUAUCCCAUCCCAUUCUUGCCCACUGCUUCAGCCUCUCAGAUCUGGCAGGAUCGGGCAUUGGAGAGGCUGCGGCAAGGGACAGAUGUAGUUGGGAGCAUAUCAUUGACUGUGUAACCUCUUAAGAAAGUAUAGGAAAGCUUGACAAUGGAGAGACUGCGGCAAGGGACAGAUGUAGUUGGGAGCAUAUCAUUGACUGUGUAACCUCUUAAGAAAGUAUAGGAAAGCUUGACGUUGAACAGAAGAUGAGCUAUUGUGAGUGAUAUUGUUUGGGUUAUGCUCUAUCUUGUAAGGGCAGGAUAGUGUAGCUGCCUCAUGGGUCGGUAACAUUAUGGGAAAGCCUGACAUUGAACAGAAGAUAAGCUAUGGUGAUUGUCCCAUACAUAGUGAGUGAUAUUGUUCGGUAUAUUCUCCAGUAAGGGCAGGAUAGUAUAGCCACCACAUAGAUUGGAAACAUUCACAUCAUUCCCGUAAGUCGGCCAGUAAAGUAUCUAAUCUACAUAUCAGGGAGAAGAAACACUCGUAAAAUUUCAGUCGUGGUGUGAAAAUAUACUCCUGUAAUGUCUCGGUCACAACUACUCCUGAGACUCUUGGAAGUAGUUGUUUUUUUAUGCCUCGGCUCAUAUUUUUGUAGUUUCAUGCCCCUGAUGUGAAGGUAUUUACACUGACAGUAGAGCAAUCCCACAGUCCCACAACAAUGGCUUAAGUCCCCCUAACCAAACAGCUGCAAAGUUUUUCAUAGUUUCUUACCCUGAUGUGAAGGCAUUUCCCCUGACAAUAGUUCCACAGUACCACAAGAAUGAUUUAAGUCCCCCUAACUGAACAGCUGCCAGGUUUUUCAUAGUUUCUUACCCUGAUGUGAAGGCAUUUCCCCCUGACAAUAGUUCCACAGUACCACAACAAUGAUUUAAGUCCCCCUAACCAAACAGCUGCCAGGUUUAAGACUAUGGGUCGCAUUAUAAGACACUUCACUGCCCUAGAACACCUAUUUGACAAGGCUUUUGUAGGAGUUGUGGCCAUUUCCAGGAGUAGCUUUAUGACCCUGGUGGUAGUGUGUCCCUUCCUCUGUACGAUGAUGAUGAACACCUAUUUGAUAAGGCUUUCGUAGGAGUUGUGGCCAUUUCCAGGAGUAGCUUUAUGACCCUGGUGGUAGUGUGACCCUUCCUCUGUACGAUGAUGAUGAACACCUAUUUGACAAGGCUUUCGUAGGAGUUCUGGCCAUUUCCAGGAGUAGCUUUAUGACCCUGGUGGUAGUGUGACCCUUCCUCUGUACAAUGAUGAUGAACACCUAUUUGACAAGGCUUUCGUAGGAGUUCUGGCCAUUUCCAGGAGUAGCUUUAUGACCCUGGUGGUAGUGUGACCCUUCUUCUGUACCACGAACCUCAAGAAACACUCACUAUAACCCGACUGACCCCCUCUUUGACCUUUAGAAAUGGCUGAUGUGAGGAGCGAAAGUGUCUUAUAAUCUGACCUAUACCGUGAGUCGAAGAUCUACCCUUAAGAGCUAGUCACUGUUAUGUUAGUGCCACACCGAUUGACGCACCUUUGUUUGUUACUACUCGCUAUGAUCUACUAGCACUAAUGACCACACGCACUGCAUUAUUACUACUAUUACUACUACUACUAUUAAGCGUGUAGAUGAUUUGAAUAAAGUUAUUUUUGAGGUAAA